AUUUAGGCACUUCUGAUUAUAAAGUUUCAACUAUUAUAAGGCAUCGAUCUCUAGCAGAUAUUCAAGUUACUCAACUCAAUGCACUUCUUGCUACUGAUUUAUAUAGUGAAUUCAAAUCCGUAAGGCAAAUUUAUCAAGCGAAUCUUGUAUCAAAACUGCAUUCAACUUCACUACAAGCAAAUCUU